AUGAUCCUUAGACCCCGACCUCCAUUGUAUGUUACCAAAUUCCUCCAUACUCUUAGCCAACCCUCCUCAAUUUCCUUUAACAUCAAACUCACCAACCUCAUGAACUCCGGCAAUCUGAACGCCGCCCGAAAACUGUUCGAUGAAAUGCCUCAACUAACAACAGUCUCCUACAACGCAAUAAUCUCAGGCUACAACAAAUGUGGCCAAACCCAAGAACCCUUAACACUCCUCACCCAAAUGCACAGCUCAAAUACAAAACUUAAUGAGACCACCUUCACUUCACUCCUCAGCGCUUGCUCUCGCUCCUCCUCUUUCGACCUUGGCAAGCAAAUACACUCCCUCAUUCUCAAAUCGGGCUUCGAAGGCUUCUCAUUGGUCGGAAGCUCAUUGCUCAAUUUGUACACUUCUUGCUUCGAUAUAUCGAAUGCAUAUCGUCUCUUUGAGCUGUUGCAUUGUAGGAAUCCGUUAUUGUGGAGUUUGAUGGUGGUGGGUUUUGUCAAGAGUAGGAUGUUGGAUGAAGCACUUGAUUUGUUUGAUAAAAUGAAUGUUAGUAGUCGUGAUGUUUACUCAUGGACUUCUUUGAUCUCGGGUUGUGCUCAGAAUGAUGAUGAUGUGCAGCGUAGAAAGGCUCUAGAGUUGUUUGUUUCGAUGACAAGUAAUGGUGAUGUGAAACCGAAUGAAUUCACUUAUGAUAGUGUGCUGAGAGCUUGUGUGAAAUUAGAAGCUGUAGAUUUUGGGAGAAUGAUUCAUGGGUGUUUGAUAAGGUUGGGGUUGGAGCAUGAUGAUUCGAUUAGUGGAGCUCUCGUUGAAUUCUACUGUAAACUUGGGUAUUUGGACGAUACCAAGAGGGUUUUUGAUCAACUGGAUAAAAACCCUUGUUUAAAUACUUGCAAUUUGAUGAUAGGAAGUCUUGUUGACGUUGGAAAUAUUCGCGAAGCUGAGUUCAUUUUCAAUCAAUUGGAGGAGAAAAACCCUGUUUCAUACAAUCUAAUGAUCAAAGGGUACGCCGAUAAUGGAAGGAUUCAAGAAUCCAUCGCUUUGUUCGAUAGAAUGCCUUGCAAGAAUAUAGUCUCGUACAACACCAUGAUAUCGGUUUACCAUAAAGCUGGCAUGUUUGAUAAGGCUCUGAAACUAUUCGAAUUUGUCAAAGAGGAGAAUAACACUGUGACAUGGAAUUCGAUGAUUUCAGGCUAUGUACAAAACGAGCAACCUACCGAGGCCAUAAAACUAUAUGCAGUCAUGCAAAGAUCCUCAAUUGUAUGUAGCAGAUCGACAUUCUCUGCUCUAUUUCGAGCUUGUGCAAGCAUGGGAACAGUCUCUCAAGGGAGAAUGAUUCAUGCACAACUAAUCAAAACACCAUUUGCAUCCAAUGUCUUCGUGGGAACUUCUCUUGUAGAUAUGUAUGCCAAAUGUGGAAGCAUUGAUGAUUCUAAGCUAGCAUUUCGUGGUAUUAUCUCGCCCAAUGUGGCAUCAUGGACCGCACUUAUAAAUGGGCUUGCUCAUAACGGGCUUGGCAUCGAAGCAAUACUAGAGUUCGAAGCAAUGCUAAAGCACCAAAUCGAUCCAAAUACAGUUACAUUCACUGGUAUACUCUUAGCCUGUGCGAAAGAGGGCAAGGUAGAUGAAGGAAUUAUGUACUUUAACUCGAUGCAGAAAGACUACGGAUUGAAUCCUACAGUUGAACAUUAUGCUUGCAUCGUCGAUGUUCUUGGUCGAUCAGGGCGAAUUCAAGAAGCCGAGCAAAUUGUGCUCAAAAUGCCUAUAGAGGCUGACAGUGUUGUGUGGGGGACUCUAUUGAAUGCAUGUUGGUUUUGUAUGGAUUUGGAAGUGGGUGAGCGGGUAGCUGAGAGGAUGCUGGGUAUGGACUCAAUGCAUGUGUCUGUUUAUGUGAUUUUGUCUAAUAUCUAUGCUAGGGUUGGGAGAUGGGAAAAAGUGAGGGAAGUUAGAGAGAAAUUGAGGGGAUUGAGAGUGAAGAAGGAUCCCGGGUGUAGUUGGAUUGAGGCUAAGGACAGGGUUCAUGUUUUCUGUGUUGAGGACAGGAGUCAUCCUGAGAGUAGUGAGAUUUUCUCAGUUCUAGGGGUGUUGAGAGAUGAUGUUUGUUCUAGUUGUGAGUUUGGAUUUGAUCCUUUUGUUUAUGACAUGCAUGAGCAUUUGGUGGAUUCAUUUUAGGCUAAAUUUAUAGUUUCC